AUGAGCGACUCAUCUGAUGAAUUCGACGACGAGUUUUCAGUCGCUUCUGCGCGUCAUCAUCGUAAGAAGAAUCAUCAUAAAAAAGAAGAGAAAGAAGAAAAAGAGGUGGUGGUAAAAUAUCCGUCCGAGUGUUUCUCUCUGUGUGUUCUCUCUUUGGCGUACUGUUACGUCGGGUGCGACGCAACAAAACUCGCGAGUCGGUUUGCGUUUCAUCCACCGAAACCGAGUCAUUACGAGUUGAAAACGACCAACCGAGGGACCAGGUACCCGACCAUUUCUCAGUUUCAUCCGACGUACAUGCACAAAAACGCGGACGCGAGAGUGGCGAGCAAAGCGUUCGCCUCGUUUCAGUGCUACGAGAUUCCUUUUUUAGAAGAGGGAGAAGAUAAAGGAGAAAAAAAGACUUCGUCGAAGAAGAAUAGUAUAUGCGUCUUCUUCCGACCGGCGCCGAGAGACGCGAAGCGAGCGAGGUUGAUUAUUCACUCGCACGGAAACGCGAUGGAUUGUGGAGGUGGGUUUGAGAUGUUAGCGGAGAUUGGGGAUCAGUUAGACGUGUCGAUUUUAAGUUACGAUUACAGAGGGUACGGGAAAUCGGGAGAUGUAUACGACCAGCCGACGGCGGAGUCGUGCGCGGAGGAUUUACGGAGAGUCGUGGCUUGGGCGACGAAAGCGAGAGGUUUAGUCGGUGGACAAACCGGAGAUUAUAAUCGAGAUCGGUUUGGUUUAGACGAUAUCGUUUUGUGGGGGCAAUCGAUCGGGUCUGGACCGUCCACGAAAGUCGCCACGGAAAAAGAGGUUGGAGGAUUGAUUUUAGAGUGCGCUUUGGCGAGCGGUACGAGAGUUUUAAUCGGCGAAGCGAAGGAAAAACACGGGAUACUAAGCCCGGUGAGAUGUUUUCGAAAGUGUGAGGUGUACGAUAACCAAGGUUUAGCGGUGAACGUGAAGUGUCCUGCUUUAGUCAUGCACGGUAUGAAAGAUUUCGAGAUUCACCAUUCCCACAGCAAGUUAAUUUUCGACAAGUUGCAAGCGAGAGGAGAUUCUAAAGAGAGGUUUAAAACGUACGCGUAUUGGUCGCAAACAGCCGGUCACGACGACGUGUUUUACGACAACCCUCGCGAGUGCAUUCGACAGGUACAAAAGUUCGUGCGAACGUUACCGACCACCGAACGCAUCCAAAACGCGAUCGCAUCGUCCUCUCGCGCGGAGAAAGGUUUAUCGGCGGACGAUUUAGCCAAUCCUUCUCUCCUCGGUAGCGAAAGAAGGCGAGAAAAUAAGGAGAAGAAACCGUACAACGAUAAGUUUAAUCGCGUCAAUCAAGAGUUGUUUUACCAAUCGCCGCCCAAGAAACAACACAUGAAAAAGUGA